GCCCAGCACCCGGGGCGGCCCCGGGACUAAAACGGCCUCGACCGGCGGAACUCGCGCUGCCGCCGCCCGGACCGGAGCGCGCCCGACGCGAUGGCCGACGAGCUCCGUGACCUGCUGCGGGAGUUUGAUGAGGUGAUGGAGGACUUUGACAGGGGCCCCACGCGUCAGUACGAGCAGCAUCUGGAGGAGCUGAAGAGGAAAGCAGGGACCAGGGUGUACGACAGCGGCAUCGAUGAGCUGCAGAGUACCAGCACGUCCCCAGGAAGCAGCCUCAACUGCAGUGAGGAGGACCUUAACACCCCGGCCAGUGCUUACCCCUCCAAAGCAAAGCUUGGUGACAUGCAGGAGCUGGAGGAGUUCAUUGCAGACCUGGAUAAAGUGCUGGAAGAGAUGUGAGAUGUGGUUUCGGUGGUGACUUUGGAGACGAGAACCUGCAGCAGAUGAGCCCCGUGUAUUCCUGAUACACCCUCUGCUUCUGCGCCCCUACUGCCCCACUGCCUGCAGGGUGACCCCCUGUGCCAGCCACCACAGACUGCCCCAGCUAUGGGGACCCUGCUCCACUGCUUCAGGACUCUGCCAGUGAAGAAAUGAGGAGAGCUCUUGGUGGAGGAUCACAGAGGAUUCCAGACUGAGUGUUGGGAGGGACCUUAAAGCUCAUCCAGUUCCAACCCCUGCCACGGGCAGGGACCCUUUCCACUGGAGCAGCUUGCUCCAAGCCCCUGUGUCCAACCUGGCCUUGAACACUGCCAGGGAUGGGGCAGCCACAGCUUCUCUGGGCACCCUGUGCCAGCGCCUCAGCACCCUCACAGGGAAGAGCUCCUGCCUAAGAGCUCAGCUCAGUCUCCCCUCUGGCAGGUUCAAGCCAUUCCCCUUGGCCUGUC